ACUCCGCAGCAGCGCCUCCUCCGGAGUUGGAUCCCGUAGACCACAGACCACAACUCCUCUGCCCUCCUCGCGCCCCAUCUGCCGCUGAGAUGCUAGCCCGCGCCCUGCUGCUCUGCGCCGUCCUGGCGCUCAGCCAUGCAGGUGAGUACUUGGCGUCCGGCAUCCCGGACCCCUGGGUUUCUGGUCCCAGGCAGAGUUUUCCGUCUGACUCCUGGGUCCCCAAAGGGAGAGAGGCUGCCUGACUUUGUGAAGAGUUUGGACCACUUGAGUCCAAAAUACCUUGGUGGAUAUCACAGCUCUGCCACCCGAUCAGUUACUUCAUUGGACGAGGUACUUCAUCGGUCUGAGCCUCACUUUGCUCAUCUGCUAAAUGGGAUACGAAUUUGCAGGUUGUCAUCACGAUUAAGACAAGAUCUGAAAAAUACAGCAAAUCCGUGCUGUUCCAACCCAUGUCAAAAUCGAGGUGUAUGUAUGAGCACAGGAUUUGACCAGUAUAAAUGUGACUGCACCCGGACAGGAUUCUAUGGUGAAAACUGUUCAACACCUGAAUUUCUGACAAGAAUAAAAUUAUUCCUGAAACCCACUCCAAACACGGUGCACUACAUACUUACCCAUUUCAAGGGAGUUUGGAACAUCGUCAAUAAUAUUCCCAUCCUGCGAAAUUCUAUUAUGAAAUAUGUGCUGACAUCAAGGUCACAUUUGAUUGAGAGUCCACCAACUUAUAAUGUGCAGUAUGGUUACAAAAGCUGGGAAGCGUUUUCCAACCUCUCUUAUUAUACCAGAGCCCUUCCUCCGGUGGCUGAUGACUGCCCAACUCCCAUGGGUGUGAAAGGGAAGAAGGAACUUCCUGAUUCAAAAGAGAUUGUGGAAAAGUUUCUUCUAAGAAGAAAGUUCAUCCCCGAUCCUCAGGGCACAAAUAUGAUGUUUGCGUUCUUUGCUCAGCACUUCACCCAUCAAUUUUUCAAGACAGAUCACAAGCAAGGACCAGGUUUCACCAAAGGAUUGGGUCAUGGGGUGGACUUAAAUCAUAUUUAUGGUGAAACUCUGGAUAGACAGCAUAAACUGAGACUUUUCAAGGAUGGAAAGUUGAAAUAUCAGAUAAUUGGCGGAGAGAUGUAUCCUCCCACAGUCAAAGAUACUCAGGUAGAGAUGAUCUACCCCCCUCAUGUCCCUGAACACCUGCGGCUUGCUGUGGGGCAGGAGGUCUUCGGUCUGGUGCCUGGUCUGAUGAUGUAUGCAACAAUAUGGCUUCGGGAACAUAACAGAGUGUGCGAUGUGCUUAAACAGGAGCAUCCAGAAUGGGAUGAUGAGCAGUUAUUCCAGACAAGCAGACUCAUCCUGAUAGGAGAGACUAUUAAGAUUGUGAUUGAAGAUUAUGUACAGCAAUUGAGUGGCUAUCACUUCAAGCUGAAGUUUGACCCGGAGCUGCUUUUCAACCAACAAUUCCAGUACCAAAACCGCAUUGCUGCUGAGUUUAACACACUCUACCACUGGCAUCCCCUUCUGCCUGAUACCUUUCAAAUCAGUGACCAGGAAUACAACUAUAAACAGUUUCUCUACAACAACUCUUUAUUACUGGAACACGGGCUUACCCAGUUUGUUGAAUCAUUCACCAAGCAAAUUGCUGGCAGGGUUGCUGGUGGUAGGAAUGUUCCACCUGUAGUACAAAAUGUAGCAAAGGCCUCAAUCGACCAGAGCAGACAGAUGAAAUACCAGUCUCUUAAUGAGUACCGCAAACGCUUUCUGCUGAAGCCCUAUAAAUCAUUUGAAGAACUUACAGGAGAGAAGGAGAUGGCUGCGGAGUUAGAAGAGCUCUACGGUGACAUUGAUGCUAUGGAGCUGUAUCCUGCUCUGCUGGUAGAAAAGCCUCGUCCAGACGCCAUCUUUGGUGAGACCAUGGUAGAAAUGGGAGCUCCGUUCUCUUUGAAAGGACUCAUGGGGAAUCCCAUAUGUUCUCCUGACUACUGGAAGCCUAGCACUUUUGGUGGAGAAACAGGUUUUAAAAUCAUCAACACAGCCUCAAUCCAAUCUCUCAUCUGCAAUAAUGUGAAAGGCUGUCCCUUUACUGCCUUCAAUGUUCAGGAUUCCCAGCUCACCAAAACAGUCACCAUUAAUGCCAGCUCUUCCCACUCCAGACUAGAUGAUAUCAAUCCCACAGUACUGCUAAAAGGACGUUCAACUGAGCUAUAGAAGUCUACUGAUCAUAUUUAUUUAUUUAUUAUGAACUAUUUCUUGUAACUUAACUAUUUAAUAAUAUUUAUAAUAAACUCCUUAUUUUACUUAACAUCUUCUGUAACAGAAGACAGUACUCCUGUUGCAGGAGAAAGGGUCAUACUUGUGAAGAUUCUUGUUACUACUUAGAUAUAUUUUCUUCAAGUUAAAGAGGAAAAUAGUUUUUUUUAUAAACCAAUGGAAAAUGAGUUUUGACAUCUUUUUACCUGAGUUUCAAUUUACAUCAUGCUAUAACAAGAACAAAAGUAAAAGUGUCUGAAUAUUUAAAUUCUGGUAACAAGAUGGUAAAAUGCUGCUGGUUUCUACACUGUUGAUGUUUCCAGUGUAUCUUCCAUGAUGCAUUGGGAUCAAGUAACGUUCUGGAAUUUUAAAGUGCUUUUACACAUUUAUCUGCUAUUAAAAAAAAAAAAGUGUGUUUUUAAAUGAAUUACUAAGUGAGAUAUUAGUAAUAAUUUCAUGCCAAAUUUUUAAAGCAACAUUGAGAAAAGAAUUUGAAAUUUCUAAAUUCAAAGGAUAGAGUCACUUCUAGAAGUUUGUUUUAUUUACUGUGCUAAAGUUAUUUAAUCUGUGAUCUCAUCAGUAAAAUGAGCUCUCACAGAUUUAAAUCUGUAAAAUCAGUACAAAUUAUAUGACAAUUAAUGAAAAAAAUUGCAUAAGAGAUUUUGCUUUUUCACUAGGAAUGCAAAUCUACUUAAUGUUACAGUUUCCUUUUAAUAUUAUCAAAAUGCCAAAUGUUAAAUUGGUAGAAUCACUGCAAUAAAUUAAAUAAAUUGAAUUAAGAACAUGCCAAGAAAUUCCAGAAUUUCUUUAUAUUGCUAGUAUUAAGCAAAAUUGAUGGCAACAAAAGAUUCUAUGUUUAAAAUAAACAAUAUCAAAGAAAAAAUACAUUACAGUUCAAAUUUGGGUUAAACUCUUGAAGGAAACUUUUUGUAUCAUUGAGUACUGCAGGCUUGGUACUCAAAAGAGACUGUCAUGAUGGUAAUGAAUUACCUAGCUGGACAUGGCUAAAGAUCUUUUUUCUCAGAUUUUCUGUUGCACAGUAUGAUUUAGCACUCCAUACCAUAGUGCAAAAAUAGCAAAGACCUCAUGAGAAGCCUCUUCAACGUGCUUAAUUUCAUUUUGAUGCGUUAUUUUUAUCUGAAUCUUGACUAAGCCAAUUAAAUAUGUGCAUUUGAUCAUUUGAAUCAAACCUGGCUGUCUCCAUGCUUUUCCUUUUAUUUUCUUCUUUAGCCAUUUUGCUAAGAGACUCUCUUUUUAUCAUUUUACUACUUCUAUUUUGUUUUCCUGGUUUUUAAGAUCUGCAUUUGUCUUUCUUUGGACUUUCUGCCUGUACUUUCUUAUAUAGACUUAUGCAAAUGUUCAGGAAAACCUCAGCUCAGGACUCUUUAAUUCCUCUUAAGAGGGAUAAAAGAAAAAAUAAUAAUAAAAGCCCUUAAAAAAACAGUAUACAUUUAUUUUAGUUGAAAAACAGAGAAUUUUAUUUACAGUUAAUUUUAACUAUGACCAGAGAAUCUUACAAAUAGGCUAGAAUCUUAGAAAGAACUGGAGAAGGAGCCUUGCCAGGAAGAAAGUUACAUUCCUAUUUUUAAUGAAUGCCGUUGUUUAAAUCAACAACAAAAAUUCCUGCAUAAUUCCCAGCAAGAUUCUGCUGCUUCUUUUCCCCAACCCAUUGUCAGCUGACAUUUUCUGGUACUGUAUAUUACUUAAUUUAAUUUAUUGAUGAUUGUUAUUUAUGUUUUUUUUAGGACAUUAAUAUUUAAAAUGGGUUUAAGCCUGCAAUCAUUGAUUGUUUUUCCAUUCUGGAGGGUUACCUCACUGAAUUAUUAUAUAAAUAACCAAAAGAAAUGUUUGGAUUUAAGAUUUGUGAAUGAAUUUUCAGGAAACAAUUCUGUUAUAUUAAGAUACUUAACAUUAGGCUGUAUCUCAGUAGGAAUUACCGAUUUGCCAGUCCACAGAGAAUAGUGUAUCUCAUCAGCCUGGACAUGAAAUAAAACUGACUUUAUAUGUUCUUUGAAGGACCUGUGGGUGCUUCAUUAAUUCAUUCAACUGUAAUUUAUUAAGGAAAUACUCUGUGCAAAGCACUGUCGGUUUUAAUAUUUUUAAAUCAAAUAUUGAUUACAGACAAAGUAAUUUUGUAAAUUAUUAUGAAUCAGUAAAUUUGUAAGUUUUAGUGUUAACUGAAGUUAAUUUUACUGUAAUCAGUAAAUUUGUAAAUAACUGAAAUGUGUCUUGGGAAGAGGGAGAAAAUGAAAUAAAUUUCAUUAAAGGGCAAUAACUCAGGGGAAUCUUUAAGAUAUUAUGUGUAAAAGGUUUAAGGGUUAAAAAGAAAUAGUCAGCGUUAAAGUGCUAGUAUAAGAAACUCUUAACUUUUUUUUUUUUUUUUGGAAAAAAACUUGAUUUGUUUUCAAUAUCAAUCUGCUGACUGAACCUGGGUAUCAGGGAUCUGUAUGUGAAUGUUUCAGUGCCUCAGACAAAUGUGUAUUUAAAUUAACUUAAGUAAAUAAGUCUUGAAACAAAUGUCUGUUUAUUUUUGUACUAUUUAAGAACUGAAAAAUCUUUAAAAAUAAAUUUU